AUGGCUUUCAAGCUCGCACUUGUUUCCUGCCUCUUGGCUCUUUGCAGCGCCAAACCACAUGGCAACCAGGGCGCGCUGCCAAGCGUCAUCGACAGCUACCAGAACCCAUGGGUCAACCUGGGCCUACCCCUGUCAAGCCGCAUCGUCGGAGGCCAGGAAGCCGAUCGCGGCGAAUUCCCCCACCAGGUAUCCCUGCAGUACGGCUAUGGGAUGAACUUGCGGCACUUGUGCGGCGGCAGCAUAAUCAGCCACACGUGGAUUCUGACGGCCGCCCACUGCCCGAAAGCCGUGCCGGGUAGGACCCUCCACGUGAAAGCUGGUAAACACUCGAUCCGGACGACCGAGAAAACGGAGCAGCUCGUCAAGGUGGCCCAGGUCUUCACCCACGAGAAGUACCCCAAUGGUGUGGCGCCCUACGACAUAGCCCUCCUGAAGCUCGAGCGGCCCCUGGUCUUUGGCGAGCUAGUCCAGCCGAUCGGCUUGCCGGCCCCCGACAGCCAAGUCACCAGCGACGUAGUGCUCUCCGGCUGGGGCUCGGUCACGUCGAACGGCUUCGGCUCGCCCGAGUUCCUCCAAAAGGUGACGCUGCCCAUCGUCGACAACGAGUCCUGCAAGAAGGCCAUCGAAGCCCUUACCGGAUCCGCUCCCGUUGCCCCGAGCAACGUGUGCACCGGUCCGCUCACCGGUGGCGUCUCGGCCUGCAGCGGUGACUCUGGCGGUCCGCUGAUCAAGGUCCACGAGGACGGCAGAAAGGAGGUCGUGGGAAUAGUCUCCUGGGGUGUAUUGCCGUGCGGAACUUUGGGGGCUCCGUCCGUCUACACGAGAGUAUCCUCGUACAUCGACUGGAUCGCCAACAUCAUGAAGAACAAUUAA